AUGAAGCUUUCCAGCGCAGUCUACGGCGCAACAAUAAUUGGAGCCUUGCGACCGGUUUCUGGAUUUCAACCCGUCCAGCAACCAUUCUCUACACAAGCUCAGAGCCAGAUCACUCGACAACAUCCAUCCACAAAAUUAUUCAACCAACUCAAUCAAUUUGACGUGUCCAAGCCUGUCUUUGACCUAUUUUCGUUGCGGACCAUCCGAGGAGAUGCUAUAAUUCGAUACGAUGCUACUAAUCAGAGUGAACCCAUCCGGAUUCAAUUGUAUGCUGCUUCGUGCUUGCUGUUCUUAGCAUCACCUACGUUGGCGGAAGCUUUGGAUUUCGAUCCAUUAACACUUCCAGGCCGGAUUGCUACCGUAGCGGUAUCUGUCCUCUCUGGUGGUCUUUUUGUAAGGGAGUGUAAAAAACGAUCCAAUCAACUGAAUCGCAUUGAAAAGGAGCUUAACACCGAAGGCUUGCCAAUCCGAUUGCCGACCAAUGCACUUUCGGAUCAACGAUACACUAAACCAAUAGUCUUGAAGCAGUUGAGGGCGAGCAAAUCCAUACCUCCCAGGGUCCUUGCCUUGUAUGGAGAAGAUGAAAAGCUAAAGGAUGCACUCAAGGGCCUUUGGACCCUAGGAAAACGUUUGGAACAAGCUUCGGUGUAUGUCGUUUGUAUUCCAACUGUUGGUUCAUCCUUUCGGGCCUAUGAAUGGGUCCUUGAACAACAAAGUUCAAUGGAUAAAACUAUUCCUUGGCUAGCUGACGCAUAUGAUGAGAAAGCCUGGCGCUCAUACUUUAAAGAAUUGACUCCAGAAGACACAAUAAACCCAUCAUUUCUAUGGUUUGGCUUGAAUUCAAAUGGCAGGUCGAUAGGAUCUGGUGCAAACGAAGUCCCUACGUGGCUUCAACUGUUGGGACAGCACUUCCGACCGACAAUGGAUGAUUUUGAACUAAUGGAUGCCCCCAUCGCCGUAGCCAGUAGCGAAGGGGGCGAGGCAGCUCUAUCUCAAUCGGUCCAGGACUUUUACGCUGCCUUGACAACCGGCAACAAAGAGGCAAUGGAUGGCACUCUCUCCAAAACAGAAUCUAGUCAAGUUUCAGAAGUUCUGAAUGCUGGUGGAAGAGUUGACUCAUGGACGGAUUGCCUUGCCGACGGAGCACGACCAGAAGGAAUGGAAGUCUCCAAUGCUGAAGUAAUUAUCGUCUCCGAUACGGAAGCCUACACGACGGUAAUUGAAUCACCCGCCAAUACGGGGCUAGAUUCAGCAACACUACUCGCCGUCCAAGAAUGGACUCGUUCAAGCUCAGAGAAAAAAUGGGAACUAGCUCUACAUCAGACUAUUCCUUGGGAUGCAGCAAACAAAGCGCAGGGUACCCUGCGAUGCGACUGUCGUGGUUGUGUGGCUUUGACUAGAACACCUGAAAGGCAGACGUUUGGUGGAUUGAUUGGUUAA